CCUGAAUUUCAAGGACCCUGAGGCGGUGAGAGCUCUGACGUGCACCCUCCUGAAGGAGGAUUUUGGGCUCACGAUUGACAUCCCGGUGGAAAGGCUCAUCCCUACCGUUCCCUUGAGGCUGAACUACAUUCACUGGGUGGAGGAUCUCAUUGGGCACCAGGAUGCUGACAAGCAAGUCCUUAGGCGAGGCAUUGACAUAGGGACAGGAGCAUCUUGCAUAUACCCGUUACUUGGAGCAACUCUGAAUGGCUGGUAUUUUCUUGCAACAGAAGUGGAUGAUAUGUGCUUCAAUUACGCCAAGAAAAAUGUGGAACAGAAUAACUUGUCUGACCUCAUAAAAGUGGUUAAGGUUCCACAGAAGACUCUACUAAUGGAUGCACUGAAAGAGGAAUCUGAGAUUGUUUAUGAUUUCUGCAUGUGCAAUCCCCCCUUUUUUGCCAACCAAUUGGAAGCGAAGGGCGUAAAUUCUCGAAAUCCGCGGCGUCCCCCUCCCAGUUCUGUAAAUACAGGAGGGAUCACAGAAAUCAUGGCUGAGGGGGGAGAACUGGAAUUUGUCAAAAGAAUUAUUCACGAUAGUCUACAACUUAAGAAGAGGCUACGGUAA